UUGGCAACUUGCCGCCGGCCUCCACCCCCCGCCUCAUCAAGAUAAGGCGGGAAACGAGCCCGCGGCGGGCCGGCCCAGCGCUGGGGGGGCGCACUUCCAGAAGCUUCCGGAAGCUUCGUCCAGGCUGCAGCCGCCGGCGGGGUCCCCGGAAGAGGCUUCAUGCAUGAGUAGUCGCGCCGCCGCCGUAGAGGAGCAGUAUGGGGAUGGUCACCGCUGCCGCCGCCCUCCUCGCCUCGCCGCCGCGGGAGACGCGCCUCGGAAGGCGGCGGCUUUACCCGGUUCCGGGGCUGCGGCUGAGGCCGUCGGCCUGCUGCCCCCGCGCCGGCGCGAAGCUUAGGUUAAGCACUUUUGUCCCAAGGUGUUACAUAACAAAUGUUGAGGUCGAUGUUAGUACUUUAAAUGAAGAAGAGGCUCUAGAUGAUCACCCGCCACUAUUGCCAGCCUGCGCCAUUCCGGUUGUUCACCUGCGAGAUGUCCCGGAUUCUAGUCCCUUUCCCCUUCAUGAGAGGGCACCCCAUCCUACUGAUUUUGAAGAGCUGCCCGUCUUGUCUGAGGGCGAGCAACAUACCUUGGCUGCCACCCCUGCUCACCCUGCUGGAUUGUAUGCUCUAUAUGCUAGCUAUUUAUUUGGUAACUUGGUGGAACAACUCUGGAAUUUUGCUUGGCCUGCUGCACUGGCAAUUCUUCAUCCAAGCUUAUUGCCUGUGGCUAUUGUUGGUUUCUUCACAAAGCUUUCAGUAUUUAUUGGGGCCCCAAUAGUUGGUAAACUUAUGGAUCAUUUCCCUCGAAUACCCAUGUAUACAGGAUUGAAUGCUGUCCAGGUAGCCACUCAGUUGAUAUCAGCUGCAAUGGUCAUCUAUGCUCUCAAGAAUGUAACCAGUGCAUCUACCUCAACCGUGGUUCUCAAACCUUGGUUCAUCGCACUAGUGGCAGCUGGAGCUAUUGAAAGGCUUGCAGGAUUGGCACUAGGAGUUGCUAUGGAGCGGGAUUGGGUUGUGUUGUUAGCAGGAACUAACAGGCCUGUUGCAUUAGCUCAAGCUAACGCAGUGCUUAAUCGACUUGAUCUUCUUUGUGAGACUGUUGGUGCUUCAGUUUUUGGACUUCUGCUGUCCAAAUACCAUCCGGUGACCUGUUUGAAGAUUGCUUGUGGUCUAAUGAUAUGCAGUUUCCCUGUUUUGGUUAUAUUGGGUCAAGUAAUUAACAAAUUCUCCUGCCAUGCCCUUGAUUCCUCUAGAACCCUCAGUGAUGAAUCUAUUUGUGCCGACUUAUUAGAUGUCCGUAAGAUUGUUCAAAAUGGCUUGAGUGCUAUCAGAAAUGGCUGGAAUGAGUAUAAACAGCAAACUGUUCUACCUGCAAGUGUAGCUACCGUGUUUCUAAAUUUCAAUGUAGCACUGGCUCCUGGUGCAAUAAUGACUGCGUUAUUGAUGCAUCGUGGUAUUAGUCCGUCGAUUGUUGGUGCUUUUAGUGGAUUGUGUUCUAUCAUGGGCCUUGUUGCAACAUUCAUCUCCUCAAGCUUGGUGGAAAGAGUUGGAAUUCUGAAGGCAGGAGCAGCUGGAUUGAUAGUUCAAGCUUCACUCCUGUCAGUCGCUCUCAUAGUUUAUUGGACUGGUUCUAUUUCUCAGCGAACACCUCUACUUAUCUUCCUGGCUGCUAUUGCAUUAUCUCGGUUGGGGCACAUGUCAUAUGAUGUUGUGGGUACACAGAUUCUCCAAACAGGAGUUCCUGCUUCAAAAGCAAAUCUUAUUGGUGGAAUGGAGGUCUCAAUUUCAAGCCUUGCAGAAUUGGUCAUGCUCGGUAUGGCUAUCAUCGCAAACGACGUCUCCCAUUUCGGUUUCCUGGCAAUCCUGUCUGUGUCAUCGGUUGCUGGCGCAGCAUGGAUGUUCUGCCAGUGGUUGGGAAAUCCUACAGAUGAGCAGAGGGAACUCUUCAUGUUUGAUCCCCACUUCCAAGUUGAAGCAAUAUAAUGAACAAGGCAUGAUGUUGGGAAAGUUACAUGAUCCAUGUGCUUGGCGUCAGAAGAGGGUUUUCAAUGACCUGAAGAUGCUGUCACACUUUUGAUUCAAUACAAUACAAUACACACUUAUUAGGAUACACUCAUUUGGUACUGUUAGCCCCAGCCAUGCGUAGAAAUUCAACUUGUACAACCAUUUUGUACAGUGCAUCUACCAUCGGCUUAGCUGUUUGUUGUAGCAUUUGUAGUUUUGUAGGUGAUGUAGAGUUCCAUAAUAACAAUCUGUUUGCAAUAACAACAUCAAUAGCAUUUCCUCUCU